UGUAAACUUAUAAUCAAUCAAACCGAUGUUCAAGGGCUAAAAAAAAGAAACCCAAAAAGGGCACAGGCUUCAUGUUCAAUAGUGAGAAACUUGGGGUGGGCAAACCAGAAGAUUGCAGUUGGCAAUUGGCAGGUUUUCGGAGACCGGCUUCCCAGUGAGGAUGCAGCAGAGACAAUAGCAAUAGACUCUAACAAUCAGCCGAAGUCUCCACUGGAAAAGUUUAUGGUCAGACUGUGUACACAUCACCAGAAGCAAUUCAUUCGUGUGCUAAACGACAUCUACACUGAAGUACAACCAGACUCUGAAGGCCAGCAGUUGUCUGAAUCGGAGAGCAUGGAGGCCUCCACCUGUGGUUCGGGUUGUAGCCAGCAAAGCACUGAAAAUCAAGAUAAGGGUGCUAUUUGUACUGAAUCAAAGCCCCCUUAUUCCUCGGACCCAGGACAGUCGGGGUCCGAUGGCCUCCUGCAUGUUACAGGACAAGCCCCGAAGCAGCCGGUGGAGCUGAAGUCUCUGGACAGAGCAGAGAGCUCCAGUCUUGCUUUGAGAAGGGACUUUUCCGAGCUCCCCGUCACCAGGCUUCAUUCUGCUAGUCCAAAGGAUAGCUCCACCCAAGGAUACCUCAGCACGUUGAACUCUUCCUCUUUGAAUUUCCAUCAUGCCGCAAAGAGCCUGGAAGGGCAGCAAGCUGCUGGACACGAACAAGAAUCCAGUGUCAGAAAGUGUGAGGACAAUAAAGAGCAGCUAGCAGGUAAGACUCUCAUGGAAGGUUAUAUCUCGGUCAAAAUGGCAAAUGUGAACGGCAGCGAGGACAGCUUAGACAGCUGUCUGGGGUCCCAAAAGAGCUCUUUCAGAGCUCUGCCGGAAGAGUCGUGGGAUCCCAGCUUUGCGGUGACCUCUCCUCGCAGAGCUGACAAAGAAAACACUUUGCAAUGCAGCUCAAAAGCAUCUUUGCACCAGGACUUAGACACAAAAGAACAAGAUGCAAGACCAAAGCAAGAAAACCACCUGCAUGCCAUGGCCAAGGUCAAGGCAGGCUGCCACCUGCACCCGGCCGACAAGAGCCCGCUUGACAAGUCCAAAGAGGGCUGGCUGCCUGCUGGCGCCGCGCCAGCCGCUCACCGGACCCCCGGCGGGCACCCCCGCGCCAAGGCAGCCUCCCUCAGAUCCACUCGGAAGAGCAAGAAAGCGUCAGGGCUGAGGAUCAAUGACUACGACAACCAGUGCGACGUGGUCUACAUCAGCCAGCCCAUCACCGAGUGCCAUUUCGAGAGCCAGCGGUCGGUGUCAUCCCGCAAGACAGCAAGGAAGAGCACACGGGGGUACUACUUCAACGGGGAGUGCUGCGAGCUCCCGACUGUCCGCACACUGGUUAAGAGCUCCCGGGCGGAGGAGAAGGGGAGCAGCCCGGCGCUGCGAACUGAGACCCUUGUAAGCGCUAAGCCGUCCCUGGUGCUCUCAGUGGGGGGGUCUGCAGGGGCAGGACGGGAAGGCGAGAAAAGGGUUUCCCUGAGGCUCCUGGCUAAAGGGGCACCAACCAACCGAGAAACGAAAGAGAGAGCUGAGCCAGGCUCCGUGCAGCCCCGGGAUACCCGGGCACUGCGGUCGAGGGAAGCCGCUAUGGCCCUGCCCUUCUUCUCCCUCUCUGCUCCACCCAGCCCCCAGAAAGAGGACAGCUUGGCUGGCUCGCCACCCCCUGGCUCCCCUCCCACUGGAGGAGCAGGGACGAGAGCGGGAGGCACCGUCCCCAUGGAGGCUGGCAGCAGCCUGGGCUCCUCCGGGGAUGGCAGCAGCAGCGGGCAGGCUGCCAAUUUUGCUGCCCCUCCUGUCUCAGAAGCAUCCGGUGGCGAGAAAGGUUGCCCAGGCUCUGAUGUACAAACUGAUCUGGACGUCCCUGCCAGCCCGGAGCCAAAGUUCCCCUCGCAGCCCUCCGCCGCUGCAGGCACAUCACCCCUGGCCCACGAUGGUGCCAGCGAUCCUGCCCAGCUUCCAGGUGUGGGAGAUGCAGAGCCCUGCGGGCUGUGUCCGGCAGAGCCCUCCCCAUGCUCUGCAGGCCAGCAUGCGCCUGAUGAGCCCCCUGCCACCAUGGAAGGGGUGAGCCCCCCAGAACCCCCUGCCACCUUGCAGUGUGUGGAUGUGAACAAAAGCAUCGAUCCUGAACCAGAAGCCGAAUCAUCGGGCAUGGCGGGUGACAGCUCCCUUGAGCAAACGGAGGCUGUGCUUGCCAUCACAGCCCUCCCUGAAAUCUCGGAAGGGGAGGCGGUGACAAAUAACAGCCCAGCAGGUGAAAAAGAGCCCACUGAAGGGGAGAUGCCACCUGAACCUGAUGGCUCAGACACUGCAGGGAAAGACUCUGUCUCUUCCAAAGACAGUCUAGACAAGAAACGAAAGAAAGGCAGGAGAGUCCUUGUGGCAUCAGACCGGCGUCUCCGAAGCCAGCAAUUCCAGUCACCCACCGAGGGCAGUGCUGAGGAUACUGGUUCUUCCAGCUCUGUGCAGCUUCCUUGCCUUCAGGUCAAACUCUCCAAGAGCCCUGGCGCUAAGCGGUUCAAGAGAGAAGCGCACCUGGAUGGGGCAGCAUCCAUGCACUUCCCAAAUGACUGCUUCCCCAACACGCUGCUCAAAACCAGUGAGGGGCUGGGCACUGGUCAGGCCCCAGAGAGCAUCGCUGAGCAGCAGCCAGGCGAGGAGAAUGGUGUCACUACCAGACAAACUUAUAAAAGCAUCUUAGCAAAAGAAACUGUGGCAGAGGGAGAAAAUUUCUCUAAAGACAACCCCCCUGCUAAUUGCAGCCAAAAUCAACCGGGUGAGAUGCUGGAAAUCAGUGUCCACACUGACUCUGAGAGGCAAAGCACUCUCCUCCCUCCAGAGAGCAGCAUGCCUGCAAAUGAUGCCAAGCAAGUGGAUGUGAAACCGGACGAUGCCAGCACAAAGGACGAGGAGAGCUCCAACAGUGCCAUGAACACAGGCAAGCUGGAGAGCUUCAAGCCAGUGGCCAGUUCACCUCCAUGUCCCGGCAGCAGAGGUGGGAGCAAGCAUCUUCCAGCAAAGGCUGCAACGCAUAAAAAGGUUGCCCUCCAGUUUUAUAACUUAAGGCACGCACCCACACCCAUAGACACAGCAAAAAAGAGCACACCAGGGAAGGAGUCUAUGCAAGCGAUCCCGAAGUCAAGGGACGAAUGCAGUUCAGGGAAUGACGACUCCCUGGCGUUGGAGGACACAGACAUGGCUGACAGCAAACCAAAGUUCAUGGAGUGGUGUGCUGAAGAGGAGACCCAGGAACUCAUUGCUCAGUUCAACACCCAGUACAUGAAAGUUCAGAAGGGCUGGAUUCAGCUGGAGAAGGAGGUGCAGCCAACCCCCAAGGUAAAGAACAAAGCCGACAAACUAAAAGAGAUUUGGAAAAGCAAGAAAAGGACACGGAAAAGUAGGGGCUCUCUGGAAGUGCAGAAGCUUUCUCCUGUCCAGAUGCUGUUUAUGAAGGCCUUCAAGCUGUCCGACAUCUGUCAGUGGUUUCUGGAGACAACUGAAACCAGGUCUCUAGUGAUCGUGAAGAAACUCAACACCCGUCUCCCAGGGGAGAUUCCCCCCAUCAAAGUCCCCAUGCAGAAAUAUUCCUCUUCCAGUCUCUACCCCAGCUCACUGCAAGCCGAACGGUUGAAAAAACACCUCAAGAAGUUUGCCGCCACUACCCCGGCUCGGAAUAACCUGAAGAACCAAAAGCUUUGGGCCAAAAUUCGGGAGAAUGCUGAUAAAGCGGAGGCUGAAGAAGCCACUGCUCCCAGCCAGACGUCUCCCACUGGCACCGGCGCCGAGGACCUGAGCGAAGACAAAACCAUCCAGCCUGCCCCCAGUUUGCCCACGCAGGCUAGCACCAGGAUCCUGCGCAAGUACUCCAACCUGCGGGGCAAGCUGCGAGCCCAGCACCGCAUGGUGAAGGCAGAGAAGAAAAGUGAUGGCCCGGGGGACCACCCAUCCCUGGAGAGCAAGCAAAGCAGGAAGAGCGUGUGCAUCAACCCACUGAUGUCUCCAAAGCUGGCCUUGCAGAUCAAAGCAGACGCCUUUCCUGCUAAAUCUCUGUCAGUGGAUGGGUCGGGGAAGGGGCGGAAGGGGAAGAGCAGGUCCCAGGAGGACCCCUCACCCAAAGCUGAUCUCCAGCUCAGCAGGAAGAAGAGGAUGCUGAAGGAGAGUGGGAGCACCCAGGAGCGGUCAGGCUCCUCCACCAAGGACAAGCUGCCUGCCAAGAAGGCCAGUAAAAUAAAGCAUUCGGAGGUCAGCACGAAAGCUCCUGCCACCCGAAAGCAGGCUGCCAUGGAGAGGAGCAGUAAGCUGGCUAGAAAAAUGUCUUUGAAAGAGAAGAGAGCCCCGAAAAGGCAGCUGGAGAAGGUGCGACUCCCCAUGCGGAAGGGCAAGGAGAACACGAGCAGACGGGCUGUGCUGCCCCCCAGCUUUGAGGAGCUGGCCAAGUCCCCAAAGCAGAAGCCCCUGGGGGAGUCCUCCACACGGUCGCAGAAGAUGGCCAACAAGAAGCCCAGCAGUGGGAAGACCCUGACGAGGUCCAUGAAGAAGUUGCAGGAGAGCAGCGGGUCGCAGGGCAAGAGGAAGCUGAGGGCAAAAGUGGACUGUUCUCACAGCAAGCGCUCGCGACUGGAUCCGAAAUAGUGAAGAACUGGUAGCCAUGUACAAAACUGAUGUAUAGUAGUAACCCUUUACCAUGCAUUAACUAAAGCUGCUUUUAUAAGCUGUAGCAAGCCUUUAAAAAUCCGCAGUUAAAGGAUAAUGCCCGUGAUUUGAGGCAUCGGCAGAUGUGUCUCGGACAGAGAAGAGGUUGGCCUGUCUGGCUCUGCUGUUCAUAAGGAAGUUUCUGCAGUUUGAACGUUCCUUGGGUUUUUUUUUUAAACUUGGAACCAGGCAGUUUUAGUUAAAAGUACAGUGCCUUAUUUAUCACUUUAAAAAUAAAAAUAAGAAGCUCGUCUGUGUGAUUUGGAGGCUUGCGUUUUAUACUUGAGGCACAAGCACUUGUACUGUAGCAGAAAGAAAAACCACCUUUGUGCACAUGAAGUAGCUUUCGGCAGCCUUUGGGUGCACGCAAACAUUUCCUUUUCCUUCAGAGUCCUUCUAAUGUCUGUCUUCUUAGUGGCAUUUAAAGCAAAACCAAAACCAUUUCCCAUCACUGAGGGAGAGAAAGGCGAAUCUACCCUUUGUCAGUUUGUUCAGUAGUGGCUGCUGGCGUCCCAUACUGUUACCUGCAUAAAAGUAUUAAUUAGCUACUGCUGUGUGUACUGCUGAUGGCUGCCUUGCUCCCCCAUUGCACAGCCCAUGGGGUGGGGAGGUCCCGCUCAGGCGGGGGCAGCAGAGGAGGUGCUGCGGGUACCAGGUUGCCGCAUCCCCUGCUGCCAGGCAGGCGCGCUGGGCUGUAUCCAUCUUUAUUUCUUGCUGGCUUCAGGGAUGAAUCAGUCCUGCCAUGCCCUGCUUUUGGACAGACCUCUGUCUCCCAUUUUGCUGCGCUCAUGGUGAUUUCUGUAGUGUCUGACAGUAAAGCAGUCUCUGCAGCACUUCGGUAAAGGUUGAAUCUCUCUCUUUAUACGAGCUCAACACCCUCCUGAUGUUGGUGCUCUGCGGCAGGGGAGACCUGGCCCUCGCCCUGUGCUCUUGUGCACAUCUUGCCUAGCACCCUCCUAAGCCAGGAUUUGCAGCUGGAAUAGGGUUGAGAGAAGGAACUAACUUAAGUUUAUUUUUUACUGUAAUUUGCAUUGCAUCCUUUUACUAGCAAGGUGCAGUUGGUUUGUCCUUGCCUGUGUCUGGUGCUGUGGAGUCUGAAAGCAGCCAAGACUCUGCCCUGUCCUGCAUGACACCUUUGCAGGGCUCUUCUGCAAGCCUCUGCAGCACGUUUGAAAGUCGACGGGGGAGUCUGCAGUGGCAGAACAGGGUCACGAUGCCUAGCACCUCUGAGAAAAACCUGCUAGAAGUGCAGAGUGCAUGGCUGUGCUGGCUCAGCCGGGCAGGGAUGCUCAGUGGCUGAGAAGGGACUGCUGCAGUCUGCGCUUGAGGAGAGGACCCGGCUCAGCCAUUGAAUCUCCAGGGUUUCACUUGUUUGUUGCUGCACAAAGUCUGUUUGCAUGAAUCCCGAUGCAAGCCUCCUCCCGUGCAGAAAGCAGCGAUGCCUGAGAGGGCACUGCACAGGCCCUGGGGUUGCCUGACCUUUAACAGCCUUGCUGGUCCUCGCUUAAGCUCCUUGUCCCUGCUGAGAGCAAGGCUCCGGGGCAGGCCACACGUUAGAGAUGCCUGCCUUGGUGGCAGAGGCUAGAGGGGGCUCGGCUGCAAUGGGAAUUGCUUUUCACGGUUGGCAUUGAACCCCAGAUCCCAAAGCCUGUGGACUGGAGGUGGAAAGCAGAUAAUCAUCUUGAAAUCUUUCAUUGUACCCAUUUAGUGUAGAGGAUCAAACAAGGCGUUUGAGAUUUGCAUGUCCUUCGCAGGGCACCUCUGGCUCUAUUGCAGGUAUUCCCUUCCCCCAGCACUGACGCAUAUGAGGCUGCGGCACAUUUUUCUCUUACUAUGAAAUGGCUGAUUUAAAAAAAAAAAAUUCUUUACCUUUCCUUUGAAUCAUGCCAGAAUAAGUUAACUCUCUGAACAGCUAGGAAGUGAUUAAAUCUAGCCUGUCAGUCCCUGUACAGAUUAAUAUGAAGUUAUCUAUUACUUUAAUUUUUACUGCAUGCAUUAAAUAUGUCAAACAUUCCAUCAGAAAGGAUUUAAAAGCGUUUCAGGAGAGGUGUGAGGCAGGAGGGCACUGAUGGCAGUUAAAUGACUGUCUGUACCUUUCUUACAGAUUGUCUUUCCCUCUUGCUUCUCCAUCUGUACUUACAGCCCUCCUCUUCCCUCCGCCUGGGGCAGCCUCUCUGCAGGCGCACAGGCCCAGGAUUUCCCCUCCUUCCCCUGGGCCAAGUGUGUGUGUGAGCACCCCUCUUACCUCCACUCCUCACACCACUCCCCUGCAGCAAAACCCCCUUUCCCCAUCCUUCGCCGUCACUCCCAGAGCGCCUGCGCUGGGCUGUGCACGCAGAGCCGUGCAGGGCACCACAUGCCGAGCACUCCUCAGGGCUUUCCCCCUCUUUUGUUCUCUUUCAUUUUUUAGCUGCUAGUCAAUGCAGGCUGUCCUGCUCUCCAUCUUCUGUGCUUCUGGGAGUGGCAUCCUCAUUAGGAUAAAAACCUCAACAAAGCAAGUGGAAAGAGUCUUUCUAGAUGGGGUGCUGCUGCGCCAGCCUCCCGGCUGCCUUCCUGCGCCCUGGGGCUCCACCAGCGCCAGCUGGCUCAGCAUGGCAAGGGUGGGAGACGGCAGGCGUCACAGUGGUGCGGGAACGGAGCAGCAUCUGGGUGUCUGUCCCAAUUCGGUGCACACUGCUUGGCUUAGGUGGUGGUGGGAUCAGCACGCCGAGGUUCCCGGCAGUGUCCCUGCCAGGUGUCAACUCUGGAGAGGAAUGGCCAGGACCCGUCAUGGGAAGAAAUCAGAGAUGCUAAAAGGAAAAUCAUAUUCCUUCCACCCCUCCCCUUUGAACUUCCAUUCUUGAUCUGUAGCUUUCCAUCACAUCGUAUUUUGGCUUGGUUUGAUGGAGCUUUUCUGUGCUGACAGCAGGUCCCCAUGGGACAAAGCCUUGUCAGCAAGAUGCUGUAGGAGUCGCAGGGCUCUGGGAAGGAGCGAGAUGACAUUGGCCAUGCUGGGCAGUAUGCAGGCAAGGUGGCCUCUGUGUGACCUGUGUGCCUACAGCUUGUCCUGGGCUCCCAUCGCCUUCAGCCAGCAGUUCUGUCCCUCCCUGGGUGAGUCCUGGCUUUCCCACGUUAGAUCCAGUGUGUCCUGCUCAUGAAAUCUGCGCAAAGAUCCUACUGACUUUUAAUAGAAGCUGGGCUGUGCCUUGUGGGUGUAAAUCUGAAUUUCUGCUCCCUUUAAUGAGAAAAGGUAGGGGGUGUGUUUUUUGUCAGGAUGGGGCUGAAAAGGGGAUUCCAGACUGGGCUGUGGGUUGUUAUUCUUGUCUUCAAAAAAUGAAUGAAGAGAAAGCAAAUAAUUUUGAGUUUUUUUCAAGGAAAACCAUUUUAAAUAGAGUUGGCCCAGCUGGGGGCAGGGAGCAGUGGUUUUGCAGGAUAUGCUCAGCUAGGCCAGGGGUGAGAUGGCCAGCAGAGACCCUCCUGGCUCCCGGCUCCACUCUCCGUGGGUCCGGUCCCUGGCGCUGCAACCCCUGCAGGGCUCUUCCUGGCUGGGCACAUAAACCCUGCUCAGAGCUGCUCUGCCCUCUGCCUCCUCCUUUCCUCCCAACAACUCCACCUUAUUUAAAAAUUACAGUUUUGAGGAAAACCAGGGUGAUUGUUCUCUACAUCAUGCUGUUUGUGAGGAGCUGGCAGGAGUGUUUCCUCCCACAGCUGCUGCCCUGAGUGGUGGGUGUAACUCACACAGGUAGCUUUUACGGAGAGCAGGCUUGUUUGCCAAGGGAUGGGUAGGGUGAAGCCAUCCCCUGUGGCUCAGUUAUUGCAGCAAGCACUUGGGGCAUGACCUCUCCAGCCCACCUCGAGGUGGGAAUGUCAGUGCAUUAAUAAAAGUUCUCUGAAUGACAGAUUUGUGCAAUCCUUUGAGAUACCCCAGGGAAGGGUGCCCCAGGGGUGAGGCAGGCCAGGGCUCAUCAUCAUCUCUAGAAAAGCAUUGAAGCCUUUUGCUGUGAGGAAACCCCAGCUCCUUGCCGGGCUCCUUUCCUUGCUGACACUGCUCCAGGAGAUGCCAUCUUUGGCCCUUCUGCCUCUCCUGUGUGUGUUCUCCACUUGACACCAGUAGUAGCUUCCAGGUCUUGCUGACUACAAGACCUGCUUUUAAUGUGCUUCCCACUUUUGUAAGUGCUUUAUUUUGGGGCAGGAAGAAGGAAUGCUGUAAUUUGCUAGAAAAUUAAAUUUCAAUUUAAUUUGCUAGUAAAUUAAAGGGUCUGCAUGUGAGAUGCAUGGGUGGCAUUGCCUGGGUAGCUCCAUUUUCUUCAUCAGUGCUCAGAUGUUUGAAUUUUUAACCCUUUUCUUUUUUUCCCUAUCAGUCCUCAUGUUGCAUUGCUCUGUUCCCAAUAUACUUCCUGAUUUCCUCUCUCCACUCAGCCACGUUUCAGCUAUAAUGGUGCACAGGAGAUUAAAAAAAAAUAA